CCGCGGAGAUGGCACGGCACGUGCGGUGACGGCGCCCGCGCCCCGAGGGUCCCAGCUUGCGCCCUGCGUCCCCGGGAGAGGAUGGAGCGCCCGGAGCCCGAGCUGAUCCGGCAGAGCUGGCGGGCAGUGAGCCGCAGCCCGCUGGAGCACGGCACCGUCCUGUUCGCCAGGCUGUUUGACCUGGAGCCUGACCUGCUGCCCCUCUUCCAGUACAACUGCCGCCAGUUCUCCAGCCCCGAGGACUGUCUCUCCUCCCCCGAGUUCCUGGACCACAUCAGGAAGGUGAUGCUCGUGAUUGACGCUGCGGUGACCAACGUGGAGGACCUGUCCUCACUGGAGGAGUACCUUGCCAGCUUGGGCAGAAAGCACCGGGCGGUGGGUGUGAAGCUCAGCUCCUUCUCGACGGUGGGUGAGUCCCUGCUCUACAUGCUGGAGAAGUGUCUGGGCCCUGCCUUCACCCCAGCCACACGGGCCGCUUGGAGCCAGCUCUACGGGGCCGUGGUGCAGGCCAUGAGUCGAGGCUGGGAGGGCCAGUGAGAGGCGACCCCUGGCCGGCGGCCCCUGUCUGUCUGUG